AUGUGUAACCUAUGUGCAGGGUACAUGUUGACCAAAGUAUGCAUACAUAUGUGCAUGCGUGUGAGUAUAUCCCUACGGCUCCUCAAUACCUGGAGCUGCGUUACUGCUCCGCUGCGUCGCCUCCGGAAUGUUCGUCACCCAGGCGGUCUUAUACCAAGCGGUGGAGAUCUACGCCCCCGCUCUUGCCUCCGCCAGCGACUUCCCGCUAUGGGUCUCCGUGGUUUCGUUGGACUCAUCGCUUCGUUCAAUAUUGCUUUUGGUGGUCUUAAGGCAGUAAUAUGGACAGACGUGUUGCAACUCUUCGUCUUCAUCUCAAGGGCGCCUUUGACCUGGGAGGCUUUUCAUACAUCUGGGACACUGCUGUUCGCCACGGUCGCGCGGGCUCGCAGAUAUUUACGUACGGUUACCACCCCAUGGAGAGACACACGUACCGUAGCUAAUAUCGUGCUUGGUGGCUUCGUGGCUAAGUUAUAUGGGUAUGCAUGCGCGCAGACGGCAGUUCAGCGGUAUUCUAGUAUGAAGAGUUUCGUCCACGCCUAUCUGUCUAUAUAUCUUCUAAUUCCCUUCUGCACGCUAAGCGUCUCUCUCACCAUGUUAGCAGGGUUAGGGAUGUUCGCUACGUACGAGGGCUGCGACCCCCUGGCGGCCGGACUCAUCACCAAGAAGGUCCAGAUCCUGCCCUUCUACGUCAUGGAUCGCCUCAGCUCCAUCCCGGGGCUGCCGGGGCUCUUCGUGGCCUGUAUCUUCUCCGGGUCCCUUAGGUGGCCUUUCCCUCGCACCAUUUUCUCUGGCGUGAAUUCUCAAGCCGACGUCACCUGGGAAGACGUUUUCUCGCGAAGGGAUGCGCAAGCUUCUCCAAGACGACGCAAGCUUGGAGAGUUCUUCGCCCUUGGUUACGGUAUCCUAGCCACCGGUCUGGCCUUCUUGGGAGACCACCUGAGCGGCGUUUUUCAAGGAACUAUCGCCAUCACCACCUCCGUCUCAGGACCGACAUUGGCUGUCUACGUCAUGGGUUUAUUCUUGCCUUUAACCAACACUAAGGGAGCAAUUGCAGCACUGAUAACUGGAAUGAUAAUCUCGCUAGUCUUUGGCCUCGGUCCCAUUGUUCUGGACAUGAAUCCCGAGCUUCUGUCGACUGCCACUGAUCUCUGCCCUGCUAAUCUCGCUCUCCCAACACCUAGUAGCAACCCCAUAAGUGUCUCAGAACUUCCCUAUCCUCAGAAACUUCUAGGCCUAUCCUACACACAAAUUGCCCCAUUAGGCUUCACUGUAGCUUUUGCUGUUGGCAUCUUCACUUCACGUGGAUCAAAAGGCCUGCAGGUGGAGAGGAGACUGGUACACCCAUGGAUAUCUUGUAUUCUAUUGAUGUCUCUCCACAUCAAAAUCAUGCCUGAGGGAUCAAAAUCUGUAGAGUUUAGACUGUUAGUUAGAUCCUAG